UUACUGCUAUGGCUCUUUACGAAAACCCAUUCGUGAACUUGACAGCAUUUACCCUCAGCAUGUGGGUACAAACCGAUACAACAAAUAAUGUUCACACACCGUUCAGCUACGCAACGGUUACCGUUAGCGAUGAGCUUUACAUUACAGUACAACCUGAUAAAAUGGAAUUUUGGUUACAUAAACGGAAAGGGCCCUCUCCCAUAACUUGUAUGAGUACAAUCAAAAUGGACCAACAAAAAUGGUUUUACUAUCUAUAUCACUUCCUUCACUCAGAUGGAAUCUCUUCUUUUAUUUACUUUAAUGAGAUUCCUUUUGUCCUUGAUGAUCAGUUUCAUCACAUCUGUGUAACGUGGACCAAUGUGGAUGGCAAAUUCUCGUUUUACCUCGAUGGGAUCUCGAAAAGUCAAGGUACCAGGAGAUCAGGUCAUGUGAUUCAGAAAGGCACAGUUGUUCUUGGACAAAUGCAGAGUUCGUACAAAGGAGGUUUUGAACGCGUUCAGUCCCAUCAAGGAAAACUUACGAGCGUUAACAUGUGGGACAAGGUACUGACGCCAAACGAGGUAACAACCAUUGCAAACAAAUGUUCAACAGCACAAGGGAAUGUUAUCAAGUGGAGCGAUUUUCAGAAUAAGAUAUCUGGAAACGCGAAAAUGAUCUAUUCUCGUUUCUGUGACGGCAAAUUACCAUGAACAGAUAUCAGUUCUAAUUGAUAAGCUUUUACUGUA